CCAGAGACAGUACACUGCAGUACAAAAGAUGUGCACACUUUUGAAAUAACUUUCCUUGCAUUACAUCCUUGACAGGGAUCAUUUGGGGUUCCUCACAAAAUCUGGGCCUAAUCGGUUUAGUUACUUCGACGUUUAUUGGAUACAAACCAACAAACAACUAGACAGACAAGCAAAGCAUAUUUAUAGUUGAACACAUUUAAAAUAAAAUUUUUAUAAUUAGAUAUGAGUGAAUACGUUGAACAUGAGAAAAUAGAAGGCAGGUUUCUCGACGGCGGAAGUGGCGGAGGGGGCGGAACAGUUGUCGGUGGAUAUGGAGGCGGUGGAUCAGGAUAUGGUGGUUAUGGAGGCGGAGGGUAUGGUGGUGGAUGUGAUGGAUACGGAUGCCAAGGUGGAGGAGGAGGUGGACCUGUUUAUGUUUAUCAACAAACUACUGCUGGAGGAGGAGGUUUAGGAGUUCUAGCUGCUCUUCUUCCUCUUGCUGCCCUUAUACCUCUUGCUCUAUUGGCUCUGCCUGUAACAGUUACUCUUACUGGAGGGAAGAAAAGAAAAAGACGCUCUGAGUUUGGAAUUCCCGUUUCCAACCUAACAGGAGAAGAAGAUUGGAGACAAGAUACCCGGAGAACUGAACCCAACCUGAACAAGGACGCAUCAAUCCUUCAUUCAUUCCUACAAGCUCAGGAGCUCAAUCAUUCAGAUCUUCAUAAAGAUCUUGUUGCAAGGUACCUGGAGUGCGGGGAGGAGACGAACCUGAAAUCUAAUGAGCUGCUUGGCUGCCUGGAGAGGUUGAGCUGCCUAGUCUACGACACCUCCACCUCCACCAAGAUUAGUAAACUGGAGAAGCAGGUUGCAAAUAUACUUCUGCGGACUGUUCUUGAAAAUGAAUUAUUGACCCCUGGUUUAAAGAACCAGAUCCUAGCUGCCGGUCAGGUUGGAUAUUCUCAACCAGGGUCCUGCACCAGGUUCAAGUGCAGGAACAGUCUUAUAUCCAGGAGAAGAUCUGAAGAGGACAAAAGAUUAUCCGUUCAGAAAAAUAAGAAGUUCUUUCUCCCGGCAUCAAACCUGGAACUUAUUGAUGAUUGAAGAUUAAAGAUCAUUUCAUGGUUCUUUAUUAUGUACAUUUUGUAGUUUAGGCUGAACUAUACUUUAGUCAUUAUCAUUUAAUAAAUUUUUUAUCAAUCAA